UUUAAUAAAACCCACCGACCCGAAAUCUCCUCAUUUUCCCACUCAUUUUCCCUUCUCCCUCUUCCUCCUCCCAACAUUUCAAACCCUAAUCUCACGGUAAGGAUUUUCCGGCGACAAUGUUGGAACUUCGCCUUGUUCAGGGGAGUCUGCUAAAGAAGGUUAUGGAUGCAAUCAAGGACCUGGUGAACGACGCCAACUUUGACUGCUCCGCCACCGGCUUCUCCCUCCAAGCCAUGGACUCCAGCCACGUGGCGCUGGUUGCCCUGCUGCUAAGAUCUGAAGGUUUCGAGCACUACCGAUGCGACCGCAACAUCUCUAUGGGGAUGAACCUCAAUAACAUGGCCAAGAUGCUCAAGUGUGCCGGAAAUGAUGACAUCAUCACCAUCAAGGCUGAUGACGGCAGUGAUACUGUAACUUUUAUGUUCGAAAGCCCCACACAAGACAAGAUUGCGGAUUUUGAAAUGAAGCUUAUGGACAUCGAUAGUGAGCAUCUUGGGAUCCCAGAAGCAGAGUACCAUGCUAUAGUAAGGAUGCCAUCAGCUGAGUUUGGUAGAAUUUGCAAAGACCUUAGCAGCAUUGGUGAUACAGUUGUUAUCUCGGUGACCAAGGAAGGUGUAAAGUUCUCAACGAGAGGUGAUAUUGGAACUGCAAAUGUGGUGUGCAGGCAAAACACUACUGUUGAUAAGCCGGAGGAAGCAACAAUCAUAGAGAUGAAAGAGCCGGUGUCUCUCACUUUUGCUUUGAGGUACUUGAACUCAUUCACCAAAGCAAGUCCGUUGUCUAACACGGUCACCAUCAGCUUGUCUUCUGAACUUCCCGUUGUUGUUGAGUACAAGAUUGCUGAGAUGGGACACAUAAGGUUUUAUCUGGCACCCAAGAUUGAAGAGGAUGAAGAGGAUACUAAACCUUGAGUUAUUGAUCUUCACUUUUCUUCAUCUAAAGUAGGGUUUUGAAAGCAUAUUAGCUUGCUGCACUAUUGAUUUCUUAUGCUAAAUGUACGGAGGGCUGUGUUAAUGUUUUUCCUUGGCUUGUCUAAUGUUUCAUCCAAAAUUAUAUCCGAUAUGUUGAAUGUUUCUUAUUUCUCGCAGUUUCAUGACACUAAGUGUCACUGCCCACCGACGUGAUGGAUAAUUUGAAUCAGUGAGACGUCCAUUGAUGUAAUGGAACUGACCACUACUGCUGGUGGAUCCAUCUUCUUAGGGCUUGUCUGGUUGGUUGAUUUAUAAUGUGACUGGCAUGGCCUAGGAUCCAUUUUUAGAUAUUGAAUUUUUGGUUUGGGCAGGUAGUUGGAAACAUGUCGGGUGUGGUUGGCUUUUUUUAAUGAUAAAUAACAUUAUACUUGUAUUGCUCAAAGUAAAUCGUUUUGACUUGGAUGGGAACUUGCUCAUAACUAAUGUUAAAAAGACUGGAU